AUGGCCUCGGCCAUUGGGGCGGAAGGCUUGGAGGCCUCCACUGAGCCCCCGACGCUACGGAGAAGUUCGAAGGGCUCUUCUGGCCCAAGCUCACCCCUCGGCUCCCCGAGCACUUCCAAACGGAAAGCCAGGACCGCCGAGGGCCAGGAGAGCAACGGCAAGGAGAAGUAUGGACAGGAUUACCUUCGAAGAGGCGUCCAGCGAAUGACGAACCAUCAGAGUUCCGAUGUCACACUCCGAAGCGAACGGGAUGAACUCAUCGACCUCAUCACGGCCGCAGGGGGCGGAAGCUUGAUGAGGGGCUGGAGGCAAGCUCUCGAUCCCCAAGGCGAACUCGAGGUCGACUAUGAUGACUUCUGCCGAGUGACAGGGCAGUGGCGCUGGGUCGGCGAUAUCAAUGCCCUAUUCGGGGGCGAUGGCGACCUGGACCACCUCUCCUUGAUGGAGAUUGCCAACAAAGAAGGAAAGCUGAUGAACAACUUCAUGCGGUGGAUCAGGGAAGAGUUUGGCUCCCCGGCAGAUUUCUUCCUUGCCUUGGACGCCAACAAGAAGGGAAAGGUGGCGCGGCACACCUUCGUCUCCUUCUGCGUGAAUCGCGAUUUCAAG